AGCUAUUCCCGUCACCCGAGCUGCGGGCGCAGACAGCAACAACUUUUUAAUUUCGAGCCUAUUCUCCUAGGUUUAAAGAGCACUGGGAUCCUUCCAAUACUUCACUGUUAACCGCCGCCUGUUUAGUCGAGAAAUAACUAAUUAUUCUUUGAAAAUACACACGCGAUGCGUUAUUUAAAAAUUCUUUCCCAGCUUGUCCCACUUCUUAGUAUUCUAGCAGGGUCUGGCUGGUGCUCCGAAGAUGAGACCCGGCUGGUCAAAACCCUGUUCACCGGGUACAACAAGGUGGUGCGACCUGUAAAUCACUUCAAGGACGCGGUGGUGGUGACAGUGGGCUUGCAGCUCAUUCAGCUGAUCAGCGUGGAUGAAGUCAAUCAGAUCGUCACCAGCAACGUGCGACUGAAGCAGCAAUGGAAAGAUGUGAACUUACAGUGGAACCCGGACGAUUACGGCGGAAUCAAAAAGAUUAGAGUGCCGUCCACUGACAUUUGGCGUCCUGACCUCGUUCUCUAUAACAACGCUGACGGUGACUUCGCCAUCGUGCACGAGACCAAAGUGCUGCUGGAGCACACGGGCAUGAUCACGUGGACGCCGCCCGCCAUCUUUAAGAGCUACUGCGAGAUCAUCGUCCUGCACUUCCCCUUCGACCUGCAGAACUGCAGCAUGAAGCUGGGCACCUGGACCUACGACGGCAAGCUGGUCGUCAUCAACCCGGACAGCGACCGGCCGGACCUGAGUAACUUCAUGGAGAGCGGCGAGUGGGUGAUGCAGGACUACCGCAGCUGGAAGCACUGGGUGUACUACGCCUGCUGCCCGGACACGCCCUACCUGGACAUCACCUACCACUUCCUCAUGCUGCGCCUGCCCCUCUACUUCAUCGUCAACGUCAUCAUCCCCUGCAUGCUCUUCUCCUUCCUCACCGGCCUGGUCUUCUACCUGCCCACCGACUCCGGUGAGAAGAUGACCCUCAGCAUCUCUGUCCUGCUGUCUCUCACGGUGUUCCUGCUGGUCAUCGUGGAGCUCAUCCCCUCCACCUCCAGCGCCGUCCCUCUCAUCGGAAAGUACAUGCUCUUCACCAUGGUCUUCGUCAUCGCCUCCAUCAUCAUCACCGUCAUCGUCAUCAACACCCACCACCGCUCGCCCAGCACCCACACCAUGCCCCCCUGGGUCCGCAGGAUCUUCAUCGAUACCAUUCCCAACGUGAUGUUCUUCUCCACCAUGAAGCGGCCGUCCAAGGAGAAGCAGCAGAGGCGCAUUUACAGCACCGACUUUGACAUCUCCGACAUCUCGGGCAGGCCCGGCCCGGCCUCCAUCCCCUUCCAUUCCCCCAUCAUGGAGAACCCGGACGUCCGCAGCGCCAUCGAGGGGGUCAAGUACAUCGCCGAGACCAUGAAGUCCGACGAGGAGGCUAACAACGCUGCGGAGGAGUGGAAGUUCGUUGCCAUGGUGCUGGAUCACAUCCUCCUGUGUGUCUUCAUGGCGGUGUGCAUCAUCGGCACGGUGGGGGUGUUCGCCGGCCGCCUCAUCGAACUCAGCAUGAAGGGCUAGAGACCCGGGCUGCACCAACCCCAUGAACCACAGGCGGCUACAGAAGCCGCCACGCCAUCCUCAUAUGACCCGUGACCCACAGUCACAGAGGCAGCUAUAGGAGCCCCCAUACCAGCCUUACCUCACACA